UCGUCAUCCAAAGUGAUUCAAAUUCAAAUCAUGGCGACCGCAACCAAAGCACGAUUUCCACUUUUGUUGUUGCUUGGAAUUAUAUUCCUAGCCUCAGUUUGUGUCUCUUAUGGCAUUGUACAGGGGAACCCCUGUAUUGAGAAGUGUCUCCAGCGAUACAACAAAGUACAUGAAACAUUCAAACACCAUGAGUGCCGGUCUCAUUGCGAAAAGGAGGAAGAAGAAGAAGUUGAAGAACCUUUAGAACCUAGGGAACCUGGUAGAAGAGAGCGGGGUCGCCAAGAGGGUGAGAAGGAGGAAAAGCGGCGACAACUGCCUCCUCGUACAAGAGAUGAAGACCAAGAUAAUGACGAGUGGAGAGGACGUCGUCGUCAUCAAGAUCCUGAAGAGAGGGCGAGGUUGAGGCGGAGAAGAGAGGAGAAGGAGAGGCGCCAAGAACAUCAAAGAGAGGAGGAAGAAGAGACUUCUUCAGAGUCACAAGGACGAAGGAAUCCCUUUUUCUUUAACUCCAACAAGUUCCAAACUAUCUUCGAAAACGAACACGGUCACAUUCGUCUCCUUCAAAGAUUUGACAAACGUUCCAACUUAUUUGAGAAUCUUCAAAACUACCGCCUUCUGGAGUAUAAGGCCAGACCUCACACUCUCUUCCUCCCUCAACACACAGAUGCUGAUUUCAUCCUUGUAGUUCUCAGUGGGAAAGCCAUACUCACAGUGUUGAACUCCAACGACAGAAACUCUUUUAACCUUGAGUGUGGUGAUACCAUCAAACUCCCCGCAGGCACUAUUGCUUAUCUAGCUAAUCGAGACUCAAAUGAGGAUCUCAGAAUAGUAGAUCUUGCCAUACCAAUUAACACACCUGCAAAAUUCCAAGCUUUCUUCCCAUUUGCCAAUAACAACCAACAAUCAUACUUUAACGGAUUCAGCAAGAAUAUUCUAGAGGCCUCCUUCAAUGCCAAAUAUGAGGACAUAGAGAGGAUUCUACUAGAGGAGCCACAACAAAGGAGAGGCCACAGGGGGAGACAACAGAGCCAAGAAGCAGAAGUAAUAGUCAAAGUGUCAAGGGAACAAAUUGAGGAACUAAGCAAACAUGCUGAAUCAAGUUCAAGGAAAAGCAUAUCCUCUGAAUCAGAACCAUUUAACUUGAAAAGGCGCAGCCCCAUUUAUUCCAACAAGUUUGGCAAGUUCUUUGAGAUCACCCCAAAGAAAAGUUCUCAGCUACAGGACUUGGAUAUACUUGUGGACUAUGCUGAAAUUAACGAGGGAGGUUUGAUGUUGCCACACUUCAAUUCGAGGGCCACAAUGGUAGUAGUGGUUAAUGAAGGAAAGGGAAACUUUGAACUUGUGGGUCUAAGAAAUGAGGAAGAAGAGAAAAGCAAACAAGUGCAGAGGUAUAGAGCUAACCUGUCUCCAGGUGAUGUCUUUGUCAUUCCAGCAGGUCAUCCAGUUGCUGUAAAUGCUUCCUCAAAUCUCUCUUUGCUUGGGUUUGGUAUCAAUGCUCAGAACAACCAGAGAAACUUCCUUGCAGGUGAGGACGAUAAUGUGAUAAGCCAAAUAGAAAGGCCGGUGAAAGAGCUUGCAUUUCCUGGUUCUGCUCAAGAGGUUGAUAGACUAAUAAAGAAUCAAAGACAAUCUCACUUUGCAAAUGCUCAAUCACAAGGAAGCCAAAGAAGGAGUCCUCUAUCUUCAAUUUUGGACACUUUUUACUGAGUAAUCAAUCAACUGAAAUAAUAUGCAUGUAUGAUGUAAGAGUUAGUUAGCUCAUAGUGAGCACAGGAUGAAUAAGGAGGAUCUUGUAACUAUAACAACUUGAGUUCUGCUCUUAUGCUAUGAAUAAAUACAUUAAGAAUAAAUUGUGUCUUCUUAAUCA